AUGAAGUCAACGAUCACACCGCGGGAACAGAAAGCCUUCGAGAAGCUCUUCAGCAUGAAGCGCAACCAGCCCACCGAAAGCCCCGUCAAACGCAAGUCUUCUUCGAUGGACAAGAACAACUCUCCAAACGCGAUCGUCAAGUCCGCAGUGACCGGACACAAGCGUAGAGAGCGUUCCACACCCGAGUUUCCUGCCUCUCUGCGACCCAUGGCGGAAGAAGCGCGCGUACGAGAACAAGCAGCUCGAGAUGCUCGCCAAGGAAUCGCGGACGCAAAUCAUGAUGGAGCGAUCGAGUCCAUGUACGACCACACCAAAGCCAUAAUGGAAGCCGCGAGGACGGACUUCUACCUUUGGAAACGGCUCAAAGAGCACGUGCUGGAUCGCGCGGCGGCGCUCGAGCUGGAUCCUAUGACGACGGAGUAUCAGCAAGACGCCGUUAAAACAUGGCAACGUCUUCAGCGUCGGUUGGAGUACGCUCUUCCCACGGUUUCGGCGGCGCAGAAAACUUCGUCCGAUCUAACUUUCAUGACUGCCAACCUCCCAGGUCUGCUCCUGCACUUCAUCGACCUCAUGCGAACACGCUUUCCCGCCUCACUACUAGCCCUCAAUGUGCUGCCCUCGCUCAAGAAGCUUGGCCCAUCCGUCUUCGCGCUCGGCGCGUCUACGGCGCUCUAUAACGCUCAUAUGCGGCAACUGUAUGAGAAGUACCCGCUCAACGUCCCUGCCAUUGUCGAAGUCCUGACGGAGAUGGAUCGAGAGGUCUACGCUUUUGACGAUGAGACGCUGGAAAUUGUUGAGGAUGUCAUUGCGGAGGGGACGAGAUGUAGGGAGGGGCAUGCGGGGCCCGCGCUGCGAGUGGUGUAUCAUGCUGAUACGAUGGUGAGGGCGGGGAGGCAUUUGUUGAAGUGGAGGGAGGUUAUGCAGCAGAGACGGGAGGAGGAGGCCCUGAGGGUUGCGAGGGAGAUGUAUGCUGAGGCGGAAGCUUCGGGAGAGAUGGAGGAUGUUGGUGUGCAUCGUCGAAGACCCGUGCAGAACGACGCGUUGGGCGUUCGCAUGCUGGCUGGGCUGUAG